CUCAACCUCGCCUCACAAACCAACUACACACAACCCACACCACCUCCGGACUCUCUCAUUACACGCCUCAACCCGCUCAAAACCACACAGCCUCCAACAGAAAUGAGCAACAAAGACUCCGCCUACGGCGGCGCGCCCGCCUCGGACACAGCCUUCCGCAAGACCUGGGACCGGGACGAGUACGCAAAGAAGGCGGCGGCGGAGGAGACGCGGCGCAAGGAGGAGGCCAAGGCGCGGUACGAGGCGAAGCUGCUGGGCAAGAAAUGGCAUGCGCCCGUGGACUACAGCACGCUGGAGGCGACGACGUCGCGCACGCAGCGGCUGGACGUGGCCUCGAUGGUCGGCAAGACGACGAUGGUGGCGGCGGGGGCGGCGGUCGGGAAGCGCGGCCGCGGGGCGGGCUUCUACUGCGCCGACUGCGACCUCACCUUCAAGGAUAACCUGCAGCUCGUGGAGCAUCUGAACAGCAAGCAGCAUCUGCUGGCGACGGGCCAGAGCGGGGAGGUCGCCGUCGCGACGGUGGAGGAUGUGCGGCUGCGGCUGCGCAUGCUGGCGCAUCGGAAGCGGGAGCGCGAGGAGGAGGAACGGCGCGCCUGGCAGUUGGAUCUUGGGGAGCGGCUGAAGGAGCGCGAGGAGCUGGAUGCCAAGGAGCGCGAGGAGAAGCGGCGGAAGCGGAAUGAGAAGCGGCGGAAGGGGGGCGAGAAUGGCGUGAAGCAGGAGGAGGAGAGCUGGGAGGGUCGGUUGGGGAUCAUUGCAUAGACUGAGGUUGGGGGGCUAAGGAAGGAUG